AUGGGGAUGCUCAGCACAUCCUGCUGUGCCCUGGGGACCGAGUAUGCUGCCCGCAUACCCAGCUGGGAGUCUCCCGUCACCCUGCGAGAUGAAUUUGGGAACCCGUCUGAGGUGAACAGCUGCUGCAUCUGCCAUCGGGUGACCGCCGAGCCCCAGGGGCCCGCGGUCUUUUCUGCCAAUUACAAAGACUGCCUUGUGCUGGAGAAGGAUGAGCGCUCCCACCUGAGGGUGUUCAUGGAAGCUGUGCUGCCCAGUGGUACUCUGAUCUGUUCCAAACCUGAUCACACCUGGACUCCAGACUCCCACCUGGCACCACCCACCACAUUCUCACUUCCUGACCCUCAUCCGUACCCUCUGACUCAGGAACAGUGCCAGGUGGCCUCCAGGCACAUCCCCCGCAGAGUGAGAAGUUCAAAGGUAGCGUCAGCUGGCUGCUCUCAUGACAACACCAGAGGGUCCUGUUACUAUGACAACACAGUGACUGCCCAGUGCUUCAGAAACAGUCACUUCGUCCUGGUGGUGUCCCAAGAAACAGCCUUGGUGUGCAGGACACUAAUCAAUGUCCAGCUGGUCUGCACCGCCCCCCAGCUGCUCCCCAACCAGGAGGCGGGAUCCUCCGUGGUCUCCACGGCUGGCCCUCUCACCUGCUGUGACACCACAGUCCAGGUGGACAGCACCCAGCUGAACCAGUUGGUGUCCAACAUCGGCAUCUGGAUGGGGCCACACGGUUCCAUCAUUACAAGUGAUCUGGAUGUGCUGAUUCUUUUCUUCUCCAUCCUCUCCAACUGGGACUUCAGGCUUCACACCCACUGUGUCUUCAAUGCCAGUGACUUCCUGCCCCUCCAGGCGUCCCUCUUUCCUCCCCCUCCAGCCACUGUGACCCAGUACAGCCCCCUGCGGCUCCAGCUGCAGAUCGACAAGGGAAAAGGGUACGGUGGAGGGGUCCACCCCAUUGUGGGGCUGCUUCAAGAGUCUGACCCCAUGGAGGUCUGGCUCCUGCAGAGGACAGACCCCACUCUGGUCCUGGUGCUGUACCAGCACUGGGCCGCUCCCAGCGCCAACCCCUUCCAGUAUCCUCAGUGGCCCAUCCAGUCAGGUGAGUGUCCUUUCCGUGACAUCAGGACCUGAAUGAUGGCCUUGGAAGGGGCUCUGCCCUGCCACUCUCACUACCAGCGCUUCACCGUUGCCACCUUUGCCCCCCCUGGACACUGGCUCCUGGAGGGCCCGUGGGGGACCACUCAGAAGCAUGUGUUCCUCCUGCCUGCUCCCCGUCUGCUAGGCAGGGAUGAGCGGGUCACCGAAUCCCUCCAGCCCCCUGUUUACUUCCUCUGCGGCACCUCUGCCUGCUGCCCCUCAGGGCUGAAGACUUACUGGACUACAUGUAGCUCUGGGGCUGCAGCCUCAGGUCACCACAAUGACAUUGCCAGGCCCAGCAUGGUGAGCUCUCCCGGACCACUGGGCUUUGAGGAUUCCUACAGGUGGGAGUCUAUGCUGGGGCCUGCAGGCUCCACCAUGAGCUGCAACCCAAGACCUCUCCUCUGGGUAAUUCUUUUGCUGUUGGCUGUUGCCCUGGUCCGAGGGGUUGGCGUCUUUGUAGACCUGAGCCAGGCCAAGCCCAGAAGCUCCUGGAAGGCAACAGAAGGUGAACAGGCUGAAUAG